AUGACAAGCAACGGCAGCAUUGGCUCAUCGCCACCCGCAUACUCGAGCCACGGCACUGCAAACCCUUCUCAAGCACCGGACAUGGAUGCCACAGAAGCAUUCAACAACCUCUCCAUAAGCGAGCAUAUUAGCGACGGAAAGCUUGACCCAGAUGUCUGUAUCGCACACUUGAAACUCCUCCAUGCGCUUCAUGCGAUGAAAGAAGACGUAGGCUACACUGAUGGUCUUUUCGACUUGUACGAUAGUCGUGCUACCAACGGCGUAGAUAUAGCGCAUUUGGUAAACACCUACGUCGACCACCCUCGCGAGCUUGAGGAAACUGAAAAAAUCAAAUUCGCCCUGAGCAAGAUUCGCGAAAAGAGAUGGGCCCUUUUCGUAGCCCGAGCUGUUGAUCGAUAUGAAGCUUGGUGGAAGAGCUUGCAAGGCUGGAAUGCGCUGACCGAAGAUAUCAUGUCGGAUCCGAGCGCGCCUCUAUAUGCUGGCUUUCCCGUCAUUUCGGAGAACGCAAAAGGGUCGAGCGAAUUCGCACUACCCCCUUUGGACGUAUUGAUGGUUUUUCACUCCCACAUGCUGAAUCCUCGAGCUUUUCUGGAAGAUACCAUGAGAGCUAGCCUUAAGGGACUUUGGGAACGCGGCAUGCCGUGGCAUCUUGUCAACGCCGCCAUCGACACACAGUUCGAUUACAACGUAUCGACAUCUGCCAAGCAGCGGUGGACGCAGGCUACCGGACGUAGCUGGGAGAACACGGACGAUCCCAUGACCAAGAGUAUCCACUGUCCUUAUUGCCGUGCGCCUAAUCAUAUUCCGUGGACGACCUGCAGCAAGCUCGAAGAAAGUUGUCCGUUGGAUGGUCCAACUGACCUCACUGGGAUUGGUUAUGGAGACGGCAGCUUGAGCUACCUUUGCGUGGCAUGUAAAAACAACAUUUGCAAAGAAGCUCUUUCUGCCCGUAAAUUCGUACAAGACGCCGCUUUACUACUCAGUCGAUCUGCACCCAUGCCUGGUACAGUACUCGACCCCAUAAGCGGGAUGCCUGAAGUCGUUCCAACAGGGGGGGAAGGAUAUUCCUACCCGAGAACUUUCCCAAACCGCAUGCUGAAGCUUGAUCUGCGUAUUCAGAUCCAGGAAAUCUUCAACGCCCACAAAAACCCCACCAUGAACUCCGUCAAGAAGAUGGUCGAGGAUGUCGUCAGGGAUCCUGCACGUAUAAACCGCAUCAAUGGGCACACCUACCGAUGGGGUGCACGAUACACCAUGGCCCCCAAAGCCAAAACCUGCAUCCGAAAGAUGAUGAGCGGGUACUGGGAAAACUUUUCGCCCUUUGCGCUCGACCUAUGCGGAGCCGUGAUGCGACAAGGUGUCUUUAUCGACAAGAUGGUCAAGCUGGACUGGCUGCACAGUCCCUCUCUUAGAGAUACAAUGAACCGCCUGAACAAGAAAUACAUCAACUUUUUGCGGCUCAUGCAGAGGCACCCGACCAAGAUUGCAGUUCCGACAUUGGACGUGGAUUUGGCCUGGCACUCGCACCAGCUUAUCCCGCCGUCGUAUUACUCAUACACCACGUCGUUGACGAACAAAUUCAUCGACCACGAUGAUAAGAUUGAGGAGACGAAACUGAAUGACGCUUUUCAAUGGACUUCAAAAACGUACCAAGAGGAGUUUCAUGAGCUGUACAGCGAAUGCACUUGCUGGUACUGUGAAUCAAUCCGAGCAUCCCACACCUCGUCCAUAGCUUCAUUGUUCGGGUCAUCAAAGGGAAGCAAGCAUAUUGACAAGUUUUAUCAGUCCGGCCAAGCAAACCUCUGCCCCCCCGACAAGUCGGCGCAUAUAUCAGCCCACAACGCUGUGAGAUGUGCUGACGAGCGAGGCCAAAGUGUACUUUCCGCCAUACGCGCCACACAAGAGGCCCGGCUGAAUCAAAACUACCACAAGGCCCAGAAAAGGGCGGCGAGGAAGGGCCGAAAGCUUCCGCCGCGUGAUGAGUACUACAAUCACUGGGGCUACGCUUACUUUAUGUACUCACCGGCCAUGUUUCCAAUCUACAUUUCUCCCGGCAUGUACUACGGGUCGGAUCCGUGCUAUAGUCAUCAGGUGCCUGUGGCAGCGGAGGCGGUAGUGCUGCUGACGGCACUUCGGGGGCUAUCUGCGCAAUAG